AUGAAGUUCACCAUUACCAACACCGUCGCCUUCCUGGCCGCUGCCUCUUCUACCUUGGCAGCACCUCUUGAGGCUCGUCACGACGCAGGCAAGGCUUUCACCCUCGACAUCUCUUUCAGCAACAGNCCCCUCAAUGGCCCCAUCCAAGCCUCUGGCGGCUCCUUCUGGAUUGGCAAGAAGGCUUCAACUUCCUGCCCCACCUCGGUAAACCCCUGCCCCAGCGGCAACACCACAUCCUUCACCUCCUCCGGAAACGGCUUGCUCUACCUCAAUACUGAAGUCCCCGGCGGCCAGCAGGUCUACAUCCGCCCUGACGGCCUCCUUACCUACACACAAGCCCACUCUGCCUCCACACCUGCCGGCUCCACAUUCUCUGGCUUUGAGAUCUCACCUCAGAACCAAGUCGGCAAGUUCUACGACUUCUGGCUGUGCAGUGAGGAUUCGACCAACAAGGCUUACCGUAUCUGGCUCGAGUACCGUGAUGAUCAGGGUGCGGUCAAGCAGAAUGGCCUUGGUGGCAAGAACACUUGUACCAUGGUCAACCUUUUGGCCAACGACGUCAAGAAGGAGGGUCCUGCUGCUUGGCAGUAUAACUAG